AUGAGCGGUCACGAAACCCCUAGCGCCAUGUCGCCUGGUCGGCGAUAUGCAGCCCUCGAUCGUUCUCCGUCACCAAGGCCGCUGCUUCAGCAGCGCUCCGGCACGCCCUCGAGGUUACCUAGCUUCUCCCACCAGAGCUGGGACACUUGGACCGACGGUUCUGGCUCGACAACGGCCGGCCCCUCGGCAGGGCCGAGACGGGUCUCCGCGACUCAGACCGUGAUCGGUUUCGGGCCGCCGCCCACGGCGUCGAAUGGCAUUGCGUUCCCUCCCGCCGUUCCUUCCCCGCGAGCGUCAAUGAUGGGCAUGCCCAUGACUUCUUCGCCCGUUACAACGCAGUUUGCGCUUCCCAAGCCGGGCGCUUCGGGACGCCCCAGCUUCUCCCAACAAUACCAGAGCAACGACCACAUCGACCUUCCUUCAUCACCACGGGGAGGGUACCGCCCCGAACUGCCGGGCUCCCCCCGUGCCCUUCCCAAUGAGAGUCGCUCUCGCCGCAACUCUGCCGCCGUUGUCUCAAUCUCGCUCUCCUCCCGAUCGCGCUCGCGGACGCCCAGGGGCAGCUCCAACCUGCUCCCCGGCCGGUCUGGAUCAGGGACACCGAACAACAACAACAGCUCCACUCCGAAUGGUGGCGACGACGCCGCCUGGGCUCCCGGCGUCGACGACAUGGACGACUGGCAGCCGACUGGCGGCGUCCUGCUCGACGCUGACGAGGAGGAGGAGCGCCACGACAAUUUCGGCUUCGACGACUUCCAGAACCAGGGCCGGUCAUGGACCGCCGAGUCGGAUGCGAGCCACAUUGCCGACGUCCUGCGCCCGGGCAUGGUCUUUGGCGAGGGCCUCGAGUUUGAGGGCGAUGUGAUCGCGCCGGCCGUCGGCCGCCUGCAGAUGAACGACACGAGCGACGUCGGCCUGCCCCUGCGCCGAGAUUUCAGUGCGAUGGGCACAAAGCGCAACCCCAACGAGAAGAAGACAUAUGAUGUGAUCCGCCAACUCGGAUCGGGAUCGUAUGCUUGUGUCUAUCUCGUGCGGGAACGGGGCGGACGCAAGCGCGAGUACGCACUCAAGUGUCUCAGCAAGCAUGAUCUCGAAGAGGAUCAACUCGAGACCCAGCUCUUCGAGGCGACCAUCCACCUCUCGCUCCCGAUCCACCGCAACAUUGUCACUCUUCACGACACGCUCCAAACCAAGAACUGGCUCUUCCUCAUGCUCGAGCUGUGCCCUGGCGAAGAUCUGUUCUACUGGCUCGAGCGCUCCAGAGACGCAUCACCUCCGCCGGCCAACGCCGCGCUCCCUGGCGACGACGACCCGCGCGGGCGUGACAUCAUGUCGUCGUCGCGACUCUCGUCGUCUUCCAUUCCUUUCUCUUCCUCCCAACUCUUCUCCAACUUCCCGAGCAGCUUCACCAACUCACCCUACUCUGCGUCCCCUGCAUCGCUUCUGUUUGCGCAUCACAACGGAAGCCAGUCGAUCAGUCUCAGCUCGCACGCCGCGACGCCCCCGACUCCUUCACUCCUGUCUGCCUUUUCCGCCAACACGCUGCUCACGCCCCGCCGACUGCGCCUCAUUGCCUCCAUGUUUUCGCAAAUGUGCGAGGCGGUCGCGAUCUGCCACGACGCGGGCGUCUCCCACCGCGACAUCAAGCCGGAGAACUUUAUCUGUUGCGACUCGGUCGAGCUCGAGGCAGAAAAUCCCCCCGACGGCUCACCCGACUUUGGUCCCCAGUCUCGUCGCAAGGUCAUUGUCAAGCUGACCGACUUUGGCUUGGCCACGACCGAGGAAGAGUCUGGCGACGUCGAGUGCGGCUCCAAGCCGUACAUGAGCUACGAGUGCCGGAACAAUCUCGGCCCCUCGUACCGCCCCAAGCCGGCCGACGUGUGGUCGCUCGGCAUUGUCCUCAUAAACAUGCUGUUCCACCGCAACCCGUGGAAGGACCCGACGGAUGGCGACGCCAACUUUGACGCGUUCCUUGCGGACCGCGCUAGCUUCUUCCAGACCAAAUUCACGGGUAUCGGCAAGGAGGUCGCGACGUAUCUCGCUGAGCGUGUCUUGUGCAUCGACGUCGACUCGCGCGUGUCUGCGCGCGAGUUUGGCCAGUGGGUCCGCCAGCUGCCCGAGAUGAUUGCCGGUCGCCGAGCCGUUCAGGCGCUUAAGAUCGCCCGGCUCGAGAACCGCGCCAAGGCUGGCAGCGACAAGGGCAUGUUUGCAAAGGCGCCAGUUGCUAAGGCCAACCACCGCCCGAGUGGACUCGCAAGCGCCCUCAGCGCCAACGCGGUGUCUCCACUGCCGGCUCCGACGGCCGAUCUGCCUCCGCCACCGGCACCUAGUCUGUCUUCGCUUCCGCCGAAAUCCGAGCUGUCCGAUGCUGGUGCCCCGCAAGUCGCCCCGACCCCGGAUUUGCUGGAGGGCGACGAGAUUCGCUCCGCGACGACGGUCGACGACAACCCGACGCCAAGCGACCUUUCGACGGUUGUGUCUCCCGAGCCACCCGAGGACGCCGACAGCGGUGUCGGCGACCAGUUUGUCAAGCGCAGCGAGACGCAGGGUUCGUCGCCGCCCGAGGGGGACGAGCGUUCUCUUUCCACGCAGAAGCGCCGCAAGCGUGGUGUCCGCAAGGGCAAGGCGGCGCAGGCGGCUCUCGCGGCGCAGCAGGCGGCCGGCGGCGAGACGUCCCGCGAGGAGCGCGACGCUUUCCUGGCCGAGCUUGUUGCUGCUUCCGAGCAGCUCGCGCGCGACCUGUCCAAGAAGAAGACGCUCGACGUGACGCACCAGGCCGAGUUCCCGCCGCUGGGCGCGACGCCACAGCAGGUCGCUGCCGCACGCAAGAGCCGCUGGAAGGACUUCCUCGCGAUGAGCAAGGGCAACCCGCAGCUGGAGGCUCUUGCUCAGCGUGUGGCCGAGCGCGAGGCGGCGGCCGGCAGUACGUGGUCGGCGCCCGCCCAGCUGCAGCACGAGGACACGAAGGGCUCGCCGCCCCGGCACCAGCCGCGGCACACGGCCACAACGAUGGGAACGGUAUCGCUCGGCGGCGCCGACGAGGACGACGACUGGCGCAAGCGCGACAAGGCGUCGACGCCGAAACCGGCGGACGCAAAGCGGUCCUCGCGCCGGGCAACCGAAGACUCGUCGCGCUCUCGCCAGGCGGCACUCGCCGCCGCCGCCAUCGCCGGCGGCAUGGACACGAUGGGCGCGUUCGGCCGGCCGUCGCACCUCGGCCGCCCCGUGCCGCUGAACACGCGCCGCUCGCCCCUCGCCGAGGAGGACAAGAAGCCCCCGAAGAAGGAGGUCUUUUCGCCGACAGCCUCAAAGAACUUUUCCCCGACAGCGUCCAAGAUCUCGGCCAAGUCGCACACGACGUCGACGACGAGCACCAAGGUGCCCUCUCCUGCGGCCACUGCGUCCAAAGCCUCGGUGGCCAAGACAGUCCCGCUGGCCAAGGUGCCCUCGCCUCCGCACAACGAGAAGCCGAAGAAGCAGAUGUCGAGUUUGGUCAAGAUGUUUGGGGGGCUGAAGACGAAGGGGAAGGAGUAG